UUAAAACCAAGGAAACUGAAAAUUCAACAUUAGUGCAAAAAUGGGAUGUUUCUGUUGCAAAAAUUCUGUUAAAGAGCCAAAAAAAUUAAUAUACUCAUGGGUUGAACGAAAACACUUGGACCCUGCAGAUUAUAUGAUAGAAAAUUUAAAUGGUUGCACAGCAUAUAAGUCUCCAGGGUCAAUUGGCGGGCAACAAUUUGUUAUUCGCAAUUGCCAGGACUCUAAUAUUUACUUGCUGGAUCAUAUUGGUUCAGUAACUAUAGAUGAUUGUCAGAGAUGCACAAUUAUAGUAGGACCAACCAAACAAAGCAUUUUCGUAAGAGAUACAAUCAAUUCAACAGUGGUAGUUGCCUGUGGUCAGUUUAGAGUUCGUGAUUGUGCAUUUUUAAAGAUUUCGCUGUUUUGCUCCACUCAGCCGGUGAUUGAAUCCAGUCGAGAAUUACAAUUCAGUUGUUACCAGUUCUAUUACAACCAGUUGGCUGAUCAAUUUACCAAAGCCGAUCUUAAUAUAUGGAAUAACAAUUGGAGAACUGUAUAUGAUUACACAUGGAACGAAGGUGACAAUUGGACAGUGAAUGAAGAGCCUAUCGUCGUCGAUUUACCUGAUGAAUUAAAUAAGUAUGGAAUUACAAGUGAAUCCAAAAAGUCAGUUGUACCUCUCACCAAAUGUAAUCAACAAUCAGGAGAAAAUUGCUUUGUUGCAUUUGGAUUUGGAAUUGAAGCUUUACGAUUUAUACAGGCUUUUCAGUCGCAUGAGACGGAUUUAUUGUUAAUCAAUUGCAAUUAUAGUGAUGGCAAAGACACAAAGGUAUUCCCAGAACGAGCAAAAUUGUUUGAAACUAAAAAGGUUGAAACAAUAAUAGGACUACAAAUACAAGGCCCACACGCUAUAAACAAAUGUUUAGCGCACGAUUAGAUUUUUAUUGGGCUGAUGAUCGACAGUAAAUGAACGCAGCACGUUUUCAUUAUUUGACAUUAUUUUUGGGGCUGCACAUUAAUUGCGUUCCGAUUUAUAAAAAUCGAUAAUAAGGUACAAGAAUUGUGUCCGGCUUUAUCUAAAAGACUAUUUUAUAAUUAUAUUUUUUUCCAGUUCUAUUUCAAAUGGUAAGGUAAAUUUUAAGUAAAUUAUACUUUUAGUUUGUA